CUGUUGGGGCAGUUGUCGUGUUGGACUCGCUGUGUGUUGUACGCUCUGGUUUUCAUUUCAAACCAGAUCAGAUCCGUUUCAGUGAAUCAAAAUACUUAACUCAUACCUUCUCCCUUUUGGAUUAUCAUUCCAUAAUUACUGCUCAUUAUUAUUGUUUGCGAUCAGUUUGGUUCCGAAGAUCGCCUCAAGAUGUUGCCUUUGCUUCUGCUGCUCCUGGGCACGAUCUCUCCGUCGUGGCAAGAGGGAAAUGCCACAAUUAGCUACCUGACGAAGGCUGGCUGUGAGGCCUUGAUCAAAGAUCCCAGUCUGUGCGAGUGUCAGGAUCAGGACAUCAAGUGUGAGACUCUCCAGGUGAACAGCGAUAGCGAAAAGCUAUACAGCAUUAGCUGCCACAUCUUCGAUGCCAGGGGUUUUGGCUAUAUACCACCCUUGAAAGUGGGCAAAAUUGGAUCGCUGACCAUUCAGAACUGUGCUAUUCCCAAUGCCCACAGUAUUCCUAAUCUGAUCACUAAGCUGGGAAUCACCAACUACACGGAGCUGGAGGUAUUCAACUUUUUUGAUCCCAAGAAGACCGAUCGGGCAGAGGUGUUGCAGCAGCACUACACAAAUCUACCGGGCCUGUCGAAGCUCACCAUUUUGGGCUUCAAGUCCACGCUGCCCGCCGACUUUUUCAAGAAUGUGUUCGAACUGAAGCAUCUGUCGCUGAAGGGUUACAGCGAUCUACCAGCCACCAUCCUGCAUCCUCUGACCAAUCUGACCAAGCUGAACAUCGUGAUCAAGAACAUACAGAAAGUGGCCAGCCAGAUUUUUUCCAAGCAAUCGAAACUCAAGCAUCUGGUGAUCGAUUGCGAUGUGAAGAACAGUAGCGUCGAGAUGUCCGCCUUUGCCUCUGACGAGCUCUGGCACAUGACCGACCUGCAGUCCUUUGAGCUCUUCAACUGCGGCGACAAUGUGCCGACAGAUUUGUUCUGGAAAUCCGAACACUUGGCCUACAUAGGCAUUCGCAGCAACAUUAGCUAUCUGCACAAAGACUUUCUCCAGGCCCAGAAGCGACUGCUCACCCUUCGCCUCGAGAGGAACAAUAUUGCACGACUGCCAGAUCAGCUGUUCUACUACACGCCCAUGCUUUUGGAGAUACAUUUGGCUUUUAACAACUUGGAUCGCAUUCAAUCUGGUCUCUUCGACAAGUUGAAACAGCUUCAGGUGCUCAAUCUGGAGCACAAUCCGAUUACUACCAUCUCGCCGACAGCCUUUAAUACCUUAUCAUCGCACAUUUAUGUGGGAAAGCUCUACCCGAUGGCGGAGACAGCGGUCUGGGCACGAACAACGAAUGCCACCAUCUGCGAGGAGGAGUACAUCUAUGGGGUGUGCAUCUACUGCAAGCGAGACGAGUACAUUGACCACUUCGCCGACAAGGAGAACUGCAACAAGCCCACCCUGAAGGCCAAGGAAAUCCUGGCCAAAAAGGCCCAAGAAAUUCAGCUAAAAUUGAGCUCAACGCCACAAGAGGAAUAUUUGGAAGACUAAACUCGCAGGACCUGCUGGACUUUUGAUAUUAUGCAUCAAUGCUAAGUACAAUACGAGUAGUAUAUGAAUCUAUGGAAAUGUUUAUGUAUUCAGUGAAAAAUGCAAUUGACAAAUAAACUAACAACAAAAUAGGUUAAGCUUAA